AAGAAGAAGUUUCGAGAGAGUGGGAGGCACAACAACAUGGCGAGAGAGAACAUAACCACAAAAUAGUGAAACUAAUGUAACCUAAGAUGUUCACAACAGCAGGCGAUGUGUGUAAAGCAGUCGAUUAAGAUUGGCCGAGUAGCAAAAUGUUAGCAUAACUUCUCUGCUAGCCAGACAUAGUGUAACUGAAGUUAAGUUAGUUAGCUAAGUUAGCCGACCUGUCAGCCGGUGUGAAGCCGCAUCAUGUCCGUGCACUUCGAGGAGAGGAGCGGCGUCGUUCCCUGCAAGACACCCUGGGGCUCCUGGUACCAGACCAUGGAGGAGGUUUUCAUCGAAGUCAAUGUGCCUCAUGGGACUUCUGCUAAAGAGGUCAAGUGUCUUUUGGGGACCAGAGACAUCGAGCUGCAUGUCAAAGGGGAGGAAAUAUUCAAGGGAAAGUUGUUUGACACAACCGUGUCUGACGAGGCUACAUGGACAAUAGAGGACAAGUGUCUCAUCCAGAUCAUUCUGAUGAAGACUAACAGAGAGGCAGGGAACUGCUGGCCCUCCCUGCUGGAGGGGGAGUACUGUGCGAAUGCCUGGGUCCAGGACCAGAUGCAGAGAAAGCUCACACUGGAGAGGUUCCAGCGGGAGAAUCCUGGAUUUGACUUCAGCGGUGCAGAGAUCUCCGGAAAUUUUGCUGGUGGUGGUCCGGACUUUUCCAGUUUACACAAGUAACGAUGUCAAAACCUGUUAUGUACUGGAGAUUUCACCUCUGCCUAAUGAGCAUUAUUGAGGACAUCCAUGACAUGCAGAGGAACAGUGGAUUCAUCUGAUCUCCUUUGAUCAGAUUUGCCUUAUCAAAGGCCAAUUCCCUUCAGAACUCAAACACCGGGUGAUCUACAGGACUAUUGUUCGACUGAUUUAGUUUAGGCAUAAUUUGGCAAGUUGCUCUAUCUGGUUGUAAGAAGCCUGUGGGAUGUGUUGUCUUUUAAUAAUGAGAAGAAUGCACACAGCAAUGGCUUUUCAAUAAAGUUUUAUUGAAAGGUACAAGCACAUAGGUUAACCAGAUGGUGUAUUCAAUUAGCCAUUUUGAACUGGAGAACACAUUUUUAUUCUUUUCACUAAAAGAAACUACAACUAGACAGAGAAACUGGCAAAGAAAAAUGCAAUACCAAUUCCAAUCUUUUUUCCACUGCAAUGACUUUUUUUUAGUGUUCUCUGCAUAAUUGACAACUGAAAUCAAUUAAUACAUGCAGUGCUUCACACAAAUCAAGAAUCUGUGAAAACAACUCAUCUGUAACCGCUGAUGACAUUUCAGCUCUAAACAGUAUGGUUAGGCAUACAUGACGGGGUCGUCACAAGCCUCACUUCACCGGAGAAAACCGGCACCGGAGCACCCUCGCCAUAUCAAAAAAACAAAACAAAAAAACGUCACCUUGGGUAGGAGUGUGCAUUCAGGACAGUUUAGCAACCUAGGGUGAGAGUUAAGGAUUUCGGGCCCGAUUUCUUGGUUCCAUUUUUGCUGUUCACAAAAUCCUUCUCCCUCCUCUUCCACAUGGUGGACUGAGGACCUAGGUGGUUCUAUACUUAUUAGCUUAAAACCAGCAACCCGUUCCAGGAAAUACCAAACACCGUGGUACGGAUUUAAACAAGAACAUACUGUACACUUGUGCAAGCAACUCAACCAAGAAAGUAAAACUUAGCAGGAUGGUAGUAGAUGAACCUUUCUGACGAAGCAUUACUCCUUGUCAUUGGGGCAGAUAAUACAGUGUGCUUGAAAAAAUGGAUGACAACAAACAAACUUGGGGAAAAU